AUGGUUUUAGAGAAUAACAGUAACUAUAACCAGAACAAUAAUAGGAACAGUAACUAUAACCAGAACAAUAACAGGAACAGUAACUAUAACCAGAACAAUAACAGGAACAGAAACUAUAACUGGAACAGUAACUAUAACCAGAACAAUAACAGGAACAGUAACUAUAACCAGAAAAAUAACAGGAACAGUAACUAUAACCAGAACAGGAACUAUAACCAGAACAAUAACAGGACCAGUAACUAUAACCGGAACAGUAACUAUAACCAGAACAGGAACAGUAACUAUAACCAGAACAAUAACAGGAAAAGUAACUAUAACCUGAACAAUAAUGGGAACUAUAACCAGAACAAUAACGGGAACAGUAGCUUCAACUGGAACAGUAACUAUAACUGGAACAAUAACAGGAACAUUUACUAUAACGGGAACAAUAACAGGAACAGUAACUAUAACCAGAACAAUAACAGGAACAGUAACUAUAACCAGAACAAUACAAGAACAGUAAACCAGAACAAUAACUGGAACAGUAACAAUAACUUGAACAAUAACAUGGCAGUAACAAAUAACAGGGAAAUGACAGAACAGUAA